GAAAUUUCUUCCUCUCAUCACUGACAGUUUCCUCCUCUAUCAGCAGCAGCAGCCGGCCGUGGAGUUACGAGCUUUAUCCAGCAGCACGAGAGGGUAAAAUGAGGGCCUGUGGUUCAGCAGUGAGCUUCUCUGUUGUUCUGAUAGCAGGUUUGAUGAUCAGUAGGACAUGUGGGGCUGAAACUGUGAACCCGAAAUCCACACCAUCGCCAUCUUCAACUGCAUCAUUUACAACACCACUAAAACCAGCUUCUCCUGACAACUCAUCUACAGUAACUUCUUCACCGAAGAGAAAUGAAUCUGAAACCAACUCCACAACUGCGGCCUCCAAACCAACAUCUGCUUCCUCCUCCUCAAACACCUCAACUACAACGCUAGCACCUACAACGGCCAGUGCCAUCCCCAAGACUAGUUCACAGACAACCGGAAGUACCACCUUAAACGCAUCAACCAAUGGCUCCACAGCAACAACACAAUCAAACACGACAACUGCUGUAACAUCUGUAAAUCAAACCACAUCAAACUAUUCAUCUCCACAGACUGGAAAUAUGACAACAGCAGGACCUGCAGCAGUGAACUCCACAACAUCUUUCUCUAAUUUAACUACAAACAACACAGGUUCCAUUACUGAAAGCCCUAAAAUCUCAACUACAACUCAGCCCUCCACUUCAGCCGUUAAACAGACAACAGCCAAGCUGGUUACAAAAGCGAAGAAGGUUUUAUUGACUACAACAUCACAGCACAACAAAUCAAUACAUCACACUGAAGGAGAUCUUCCUGAAGCUCUGAGUUCAGCGAGUGUCGCAGCCAUAGUCAUCGGGUUCAUCCUCUUUGUGAUCAUUAUAUUUGGAGGAGCUUAUUAUUUCAAAAUGAGGCGACCUUCUUACGGCCGUCUGAUGGACGACACUGAGUACGGAUCUGUGGGAAACAUCCUCAACCCCAUGUUUGAAGGCUAAGUGAAGGAGUGAAGAACUUUCAGCUGCUCCAGUAUUUCAGAUGUCAGUAGGCCUGUCACGAUAACCUCAUUUGUUUUAAUGAUGUAUUGUCCCAGAAAUUAUAGCAAUAAAAAAUAUUAUUCUAAUGUAAAUGUCACUGAUAGAAUGAUAAUAUAAUAGCAUAAUAAUGCAGUUACACAUUAAUUUUAGUAAUCAGUUUUUGAAGUAAUUACUGUGACAGGCCUUGUGACAGAAUUUUGACUGUUAUUUGCAGUUUUAUUGAAGACUCUGGUUAGAUUGGGAAGAUGCAGAGAGAAACCUCAUGAUCAGUGCUGUCUUCUGUUUUACCAGUGAAUGUGUAAUUGUCUGAUAUAGUCCCGAACCAGGGGGAAUGUGAAGUGUGAUUUUUUUUUUUUUAGAGUUAAUAUUUUCUUAAGGUUAAUAUGCUCUUAAGAUUGUUCAGGUUUUACAUAUUAGACAUUAAAAUGUAAAAAGUAAAUUCAUGUAUAUUUUUAUUAAAAUGUUCUUAAUGUCAUUUUAUUGUUACAUUUUCAUUUAUCAAAUCCAAUCAUUUGCAGUUUUAAAAGUAGUUACACUUUAAUAAUAAACAAGCUUAUUUGGGGUUGAAACAAAUGUUUACUUGCUGUGACUGAAAUAGAUAAAUAGAUUUUUAUGUAUGUUUCAGAGUACUGUUUAUUACACUGUCCGUUUUUAUGUGUUCGAAUCGUAGUGAAAUUCAGAUGUGAUUUUUUAUUUUAGAUGGUUUUGAUUUAUAAUAAACAGUGUAGCUCUCUACGUGAGCUGAAAUUAGACCAUAA